CUCGUCACAAAACUCGAAGUUAGUCUCGCAAUGGCGUUAGUGGGAGGUGGUCGUGUGUUCGUUUAGUCUCAAUUCAACCCGAGCGGACACCGGCCCAAAAUAUUAGCCUGUCUAUACGCGUUCGAAUUGCACGAAUUUAAUUCUAGUAAUUCCGUGUUAAUAAAGCGAGAUUCGCCGCCACGGACAGACAAAUUUUGGUACGAUAUCCUCUCAGGGCGAAUCAUUUCAAGAUCAUGAUCAUCUCAUCAUAGUUCCUUCUUCGUUUUAAGUGUUUGUGUUCUGUGAACAUUAGUGUGUAUUUGUGACAGUGACAGUGUUAUAGUGUAGUGAUGGAUCCCGGAUCCCCCUCCUUAUUGUUUCCGUUGCGCCUGAGCAAGCCUGCAGUGACGGUUCCCGUGCCGGCUACUGGAGAGCACAGCAAAGCCGAUGAGCGGGCGCAAUCACCUUCGCUUGCGGACCGCUUGUCAGCAGCUCCAUCGCCAUCGAGCCCAGCACCGCCCAGCCCUGCGCCCCCCCAACACCAGUUCCAAGCAGCCCUGGUGGCUGAAAAGUAUCUCUUACUGGAACAAGUCGAAGGCUCAUCGCUUUGUCGGUGUGUGGACGUGCGCACGCAAGAGGAAUAUGUUUGCAAAGUGGUAUCAAGAGACUGCAGUAGCCUCCUCCAAGCGCACUACCGCCUCGACGGUCACCCACAUGUAAACCCUAUUCACGAAGUCCUGGUUGGGGAUAAGAGGGUGUAUCUUAUAUUUCCAAGAUCGCACUCCGAUCUCCAUUCCUAUGUGCGGGCGAGGAAAAGGCUAAGGGAACACGAAGCUAGGAGGCUGUUCAGGCAAAUGGCGGAAACUGUUGCGGCGUGUCACGAACAAGGAAUCGUCUUACGUGACCUCAAGUUGAGGAAAUUCGUCUUUGCUGAUCCUCAAAGAACGACACUAAAGCUUGAGUCGUUAGAAGAUGCGGUCGUGUUAGACGACCCUGAAGAAGAUCUCCUUCAAGAUAAGAGAGGGUGUCCCGCGUACGUGUCGCCCGAGAUUCUCCGGGCCCAUCGGACGUACUCGGGCAGAGCUGCCGAUAUGUGGUCGCUCGGCGUCAUUCUGUACACCAUGCUCGUUGGAAGGUAUCCUUUCAACGACUCGGAGCACGCAUCGCUUUUUGCGAAGAUAUCUCGAGGUUACUUCGUAGUGCCCGAGUGCCUGUCGUCGCGAGGUAAAUGCCUGAUACGCUCCUUGCUGCGGCGGGAGGCGUGCGAGCGGCUGAGUGCGCGCGACGUGCUGCGCCACCCGUGGCUUGCUCGCGACCCGCGAAACGAGCUGCCGCCGCGCGCCGCCGCCUCGCUCGACCGCCUAGUGCCCGACGUGCCCAUGGACGAAGACCACUAACGCCGACCCCUCGGACUGGUGCUGGCACCAGUUACUCGCAUCGUGUCAUCGUUCAAUAGCCAACUAGGGUUGUCAUUCGCGAAGGUUCUGAAGUUUCAUAGAAUGAUUGCUUUCAAUGGAAUCUGUAUGAUAUGUCCAAAUUAAAUCA